ACCCCUCAGGGUCGAGCCCAGAGCUCCGUCCCCAGUCAGGCGGAGCCCGCAGGGUUUAUCCACACGGCGAACUGCCCCUGUCCUUCCCCUUGGAAAGUGUUCCCUGCAGAGCCCCGUGAAUGGCGGGGAGGGCCACCCUAGCCUCAGCUAGUGGAAGUGUUAAAGACAUCUUUGUUGGUGCAAGAAAUGGACAAUAUAGGCUUUUAAAAAUAGUCAUUGACAAUGAGCAGCUUGUUGUGGGAUCCUCUAGACGGCCAGUUGGAUCAUGGGAAAAGGAUUACGAUUGCUUUGUCCUUCCCCUUCUUGAAGACAAGCAACCAUGUUAUAUAUUAUACAGAUUAGAUUCUCAGAAUGCUCAAGGAUAUGAAUGGAUCUUCAUUGCAUGGUCACCUGAUCAUUCUCCUGUUCGUCAAAAAAUGUUAUAUGCAGCAACCCGAGCAACACUUAAGAAAGAAUUUGGAGGUGGUCACAUUAAGGAUGAAGUAUUUGGAACGGUACAGGAUGAUGUUUCUCUGAAUGGAUAUAAAAAAUAUUUGAUAUCACAAUCCUCCCCUGCACCUUUGACUGCAGCAGAAGAGGAACUUCGACAAAUUAAGAUUAACGAGGUACAGGCAGACGUUGGUGUAGAUACCAAGCAUCAAACAUUGCAAGGAGUAGCAUUCCCCAUUGCUAAAGAAGCUAUUCAGGCUUUGGAGAAAUUGAAAAAUAAGAAACUCAAUUAUGUACAGCUGCAAAUUGAUAUGAAAAAUGAAACUAUUAUUUUGGCCAACACACUUGAUACUGAACUUAAGGACUUGCCAAAAAGAGUUCCAAAGGAUGCUGCACGUUACCACUUUUUCCUGUAUAAGCACACACAUGAAGGAGACUAUUUGGAAUCCAUAAUUUUCAUCUACUCUAUGCCAGGGUAUACCUGUAGUAUACGAGAACGAAUGCUCUACUCUAGUUGCAAAAGUCCACUGUUAGAAAUUGUAGAAACACAGUUGGGGAUGCAGAUAAUUAGAAAGAUUGAAAUUGAUAAUGGUGAUGAGUUAACUGCUGACUUUCUUUAUGAAGAGGUUCAUCCAAAACAACAUGCUUACAAACAGAGUUUUGCUAAACCAAAAGGUCCUGCGGGGAAGAGGGGAAUACGAAGACUGAUCAGAGGUCCAGCAGAGACCGAAACGCCUAGUGAUUAGAAACUGUUGUUUAUAUUUGUUAAACUAUUACAGUAGGAAACUAAAUUCUGUCUUUUGGUAAUGAACUGAAAUCAUUCCAUUCAUAGAUUCUAGUGGAAAAAAAGGCUCUUUUUAUUCUUCUCUUUUCUGACCUCAACACUUUUUAUAUUGUUACAUGAUUAUAUUUGUUGACCAUGUUUUAUGACAUGUAGAAGAGCUACUUACUUUAGAACUAGAAAGGUGAAACUAAGCUAGUACCUCUUUAUUUUAAUUUAGAAUCCAUUAUUUAAUAGUUGUACAUGUGAUCAUAAACUUUACAGACAUAAGACUAUGAAAUCCAUGUAUUCUAUGGGCAAGUUGCAGCCGUUUUCUUAUGCAUAGCCUAUUGAAACAUGGAAGACUUUCCAUGUGAGAUGACAAUUGUCCCAAUUAAAUCUUUAAUUGACAUUGUCCCAAUUAAAUCUUUAUUUUUCCUUAUAGCACUUAUGGAAAAUAGUACAAUAGAAGGUUUUCCUCUGAUUUUGACAGGAUGUAUUGUUGGGUUUUGUUGUUGUUUGGUUUGGUUUUGUUCGGUUUUUUUUCUUGUAAUGGAAAAGAUAAAAAUCAGUUUCACAUUAAAUUAAUUAAAGUAUUCAGGAAUAGCUUGGAUAUUUUCCUACCCAAAAGCUUGGUCAUGUCAAAUUUAUAACUAAUUUAAUGGAAUUGUCUUUUAAGGAAAUCUGAC